AUGACUGGCUCCAACCCGGUAUCAAGACAACCUUCGGGAAGCGAGGCGCAUGACGGGACCUCUCCUCAGAUGGGAUACUUUCCCCCUCCAUCCGGUUCGCGCCCUCGGCCAAAGUCUACCAUUUCUACAUCGCGGCCAACCAGCUUCCAUGAGGAGUCUUCCAGGGACCCCUUUAAAUACCAAACAGCUGGCCCUCGCUCUGCAAAUGCUGCUCCCAAGCGCCAUGGCUCUGGUCAGUCUGAUUUCAGUUCCAUGUCACGACACGGCAGGCCUGAGUCUGUGUCUGAACGGAGCCGGCAAGGAUCGUCCAGACGGCAAAGCUCCGAUGAUACAAGUGAAGAACCGGCAUUGGUGGAGGAAAGGUCUGGCAGAACGGAGAGUCUGAGUAGAGCAGCAAAGAGCAGAGAGGAAAUCGUGGUCGAGGUGGAAGUUGAAUCUCCUUCCGGGCCUGAGACGGCGCCCUCUCGCACGCGGUCGACAACCAGGAAGAGAUCUGAGCCAGCACCGACGAAAAGGACAGUAUCAAGUAGGACGGUUACUGGAUCAGGGGCUUCCGCAGGAGUACGAAGGAAGAAGCGGGAAUAA